GCAGCCACCAUUUUUUCCAAGCGACGUUGCAAAGGGAGGCCAUGGACUGCUUGCAAAGCCAAGAAAGCCAUGGCCAUCAAUCUCCUCAUCCUCCCCCUCGAUGAGGUCGGACGCCUGUAUCCCGCGAGGCUGGAGAUGGCGCCCACCAUGAGGAGUGGACGGAGGUGCUGGAACCGCCCAGCAGAGGUGCUACGACGGCAUGACGGAGAUGCUACCUCCGUCGCCGGUGAAGAUGCAUCCGUCGACGGCGGCGCUGUGACGACAUGGCGGAGGUGUUGGAACCGGCUGGCAGAGGUGUUGCAUCCGUUGCCGGGGAAGCUGCAUCCCCUGUCGUCAGUGUUGGGUGAGGUGCUGGAACCGCUCGACGGAGGUGUUACAUCCAUGGCUGGGAGGCAGGCGGGGGGCAGCACCGACGAGGGGUGAGCGGGGACUGUCGACGGCGAGACAUGGCGAGCUUGGAGGCCGGUCGUCCUGCUCGUGGUAAUCGGUGCAGGGUCGCUCGGGGGUAAUCAACGCGGGCCUGGGGCGGCCGUGUUGCUCGGGAAAAAGAGGAAGGCGAGGGACGGGGAAGAAAAGGACGAGGAAGCCAGAUCAAACAGUUGUUCUGUGCUACAUCGGGCGGCUGGGGCGUGACUGGCCCAACUAUUGGGCCGGCGCGCCGGCGCCUAGUAGUCGCCAACUAUAUAGGCCAGGGAAUGCAUAACCAAAAUCACAUUUGAAAGGUUUUCUCCUG